AUGGCGAUCCCCUAUGUCGCGCAAGACGAGAAUCUCAACGGAUAUAAAGACAAAAUCCUAAUUCUUACUACCUAUGAACCAACUGUACCUAUUGCCUUAGGCAUCGGCGCCGGCGGUAAAAUACAGCAGCAUAUCGAGGCGGACACCAACGAUCUGCGAAUCUGGGACGUAAAUAGCUCUCGGAUUAUAAACGUGCAGCUUCUUGAUGCUCGCUCCUUUCGUCUCGUAACAGGAUACGCGCCCCCUGAAACUCCCGUCACAGCCGACAUGUAUGCCGAGAUAGGUUUGACCUUCUUCAAGCUUUGGAGUGACGAGCAUCGCGCUGUUAAUAAUAUAUUUGGGGAUUGGAACAAUUUAGUCGGGGCGGCUCAAGUAGUCAUGAGGAAUGCCAAGAAAGGAAAUGGCUUAUCCUCUACUGAUAUAACCGAAUAUAAGGAGGAAUAG